GCGCAAUUUUAGCUUUCUAUUCGAAAGACAGAAUUCAAAGCAUUUGGACUUGGAAAAAAAGAAAGGGCAUCAGCUUUUGAGUCACCCGGGCCUACUUCGGAGUUGAAUCGGAGAAUCUUGCGAAUAAAAGUGGGACGCUCAAAGGGGGUUUGUUUGUUGACCGCUGCCGAUUUCCGACUCACCGUGUUGCUUUAUACCUUCCGAGUCAUUUUCAACCAACAAUCAAAAUGCAUGCUGUGAGGAUAUUUCCAGGCUGCAGCGGCAGCUUCACUGCACGCUCAGUGCUGAUUAGGCAAUUUCGUCAACGCACAAUAUCCUCCUUUCCCGCGGGUCAGUUGGUACGGCAAUUCCGCCAGAAUGCAACACCAAAAGAUGCGGCGGCCGUUGUGGUUGGCGCCGGCCCCGCUGGGAUUGCGGUUGUGGGAAAUCUCCUGGAACAGAUCAAAGACGAUGGGAAAAUUGUGUGGGUAGAUGAGCAGUUCCAAGGGGGAAGAAUCAAUAAAUUUUAUCGCGAAGUGCCCGGUAACACUGCGGUAAAGCUCUUUGUUGACUAUGCCGAAGCUUUGAAGCCAUUUCAACACAUUCUCAACACAGCACACAAACCAAAUGCCAUCACGGCCCUUGAGAAGCUCCCUCAAAGCGGGACCUGCUCUCUCAGCUACGCAGGCGAUAUGCUCAACUUACUCACUGCCGGGUUGAGGCAACACCCCCGAAUCCAUACCGUGGAGGGAAAAGCUAACUCGGCUCAUCUCGACCCCCAGUCCAAACGCUGGACUCUCACCACGACCUCCGAAUCAUCAUUAACCACAAGCCCACUGGUAGUCUACUGCACAGGCGCUUUCCCAUCCACCACUCCCCUCCCACCCUCCAGUCCACCAACGAUACCCCUCGACACAGCUCUCACCCCAUCCAUCCUAUCCACCACCAUCCCCCGCGACCAACCUUUCACCAUCGGCGUAAUAGGCGGCUCCCACUCUGCCAUCCUGGUGCUGAUGAACCUCUACAAACUCACAACCACAAGCCACCCAUUACUCAAGAUCAAAUGGUUCACCCGUCACCCCACCCUCCGAUAUGCCGUCCAAAAAGACGGCUACAUCCAAUACGACAACACGGGCUUGAAGGGCAAAGCUGCAGAGUUUGGAAGAACACAACUUGACGGGGACGUGUUACUCAAUAGCGACGCAGGCAAAUUCAUCACACGAAUCGACUGCUCGGAAGGGAAAGAAAAGGAAUGGGCAUUGCUAGAGAAGGAGUUGAAAGAUUGCCAAGGGGUGGUGCAGGCUGUAGGGUAUAUCCCAGCUCCCAUUCCUGAGGUGAGGGUAGGGGAUGGGAAAGAGGUCGUGAAGCUGGGGAAGGAUGCGAGGACAGGGGCUUUCUAUGCGGAGGAUGGGGAAAAGAAGCCGAUUGGGUUGUUUGGAGCGGGUAUUGCAUUCCCGGAGGAGGUUGAUACGCCGGAGGGGGAGAGAGAGUAUGCGGUGGGGAUGUGGAAGUUUAUGAAGUUUUUGAAGAGGGUUGUGCCGGAGUGGGUGGAAGGGAGCCGGGCUUAGAGCACGAUGGUAAUAACUUGUUUGUGAUCCAACUAUCUGAACAGGAUGAACUUGAAUGCGCGAAGAAGCAACUGUGUUGUGACGUGGAAGCAAAAAAAAAAAUGAGCAUUCGCUCUGGUGCCAUUGACGGCACAGCCAGGAAAUGAGGAGUUCAUACCAGUCAUGUAGCACAACGUCAUGUCUCGAAGCCACAAUUCUUGGAGCAUAACAUGAAUUGGAUUGUUCUUCUCUUAUUGGCUAAAGAUUAUUAUUCCUCAACACUGAGGCCUAGUGG